ACAUCCUCAAAAGCUUCCCACAGGAUAUCCCCGCUAAUCAGGCAUGGCUGAAUAGGUGAGCCUCCGAAGUGGGCUCCUCUCUCAAACUCAACUCAGCUCUCAGAGGAUUCGGGGUUAUACUUUCGAGAUCAGAAUGCCGCUCGCUAUCCUAGCUACCCCAUGGAGCCAAUGGUUCAAGCCAUUCUUGCAAGCAAACCUGGCUUCCUGCUUCAGGACAUUGACAUUGUCGCAUGCGGAAGUACACUCGGGAAUUUGUUACGUUUUGUGCGCGGCGAGGGCAAGCCCUUUCGAACCCUCAUUGAAGUCAUUGGGAGAACAGUCUUUUUCAUGAGGAGAGAGAAUGCCCAUGACGAGGUAAUCCCGAACGUAUAUGGGUACGGUCAUACUUUCCCAGAGGCAUAUACCACGUGGGGUGCGAACGUGAAAGGAUCUGAGUCUCACCAAAGAGUGAUGACGUAUGACUUUGCUGGUAUGAGUUGCUUAGUCCGCUUUGAAGCAGACGGUUAUCUACCUUCGGUGACACAGAACCACCACAGCAGUCGCAGCUCAGAAGGGGAUCCAGCAGAGGCCGCAGAAGAUCUUCUGUCUUCCUUCGACAAUGUUGCUAUUUCCAACUUACCUGCAAGUGGUCUGAAAAAUCCAGAAACCCUCAAAAUAUCAGCGGGAGAUGAAUGCAUCUCUCAGUCGGCCAUUUUUGACCUGAAAACCCGCUCCUUUAGAAAGAAGGACGAGGACACACUCGGCCAAGAGUUACCUCGGCUGUGGAUCGCACAGGUCCCGUAUUUUAUUCUUGCCCACCAUAAAGCUGGGCUAUUUGGUGAUAUCCAAGUUAUCGACGCACGCGAGCGGGUCAGUCAUUGGGAGGAAGAUCAAAAAGCCACUCUGGCUAGGUUCGCCGACCUGCUGAAGAAGAUAGUGUCUUUUGCGCGAAGCUUGGACUGUGGAAGAUUUGAGAUCACCCGCGAAGACGGUGCGACCGUCUUGGAACUAAGAACGCAGUGCGCAGGCGCUGGCCGGGUGCUACCCCUGCAUGUGGCGAAUAAAUGGGACGAGGAAGUCGCAGGAUUCGAUGGAAGCUGCUCCGUCGACGGGUUUUGAGAUGAUGAUUAUAUGGCAUUCUGUCGGUUGAAGAUUAUCUAUCGUGUUGACGGUAAAGGUGACAAGGAAAGCACAAAUGGCAAGCUCAUGUGGAUACUGCAAACAUUUCAUAAUGGGAAGGACAAUCCCUUGCAGGGUUAGAAGUAUUGGGAUACCAAUGCAAUUCGAUCAGCCGAAGCCCC